AUGACAUCUCCCGCAGCGCCAUGCCGUCCUCCCAAUCCUUCCGAACCACCAUUGUCUGAAACCGGUACAAAGCCAAUAACUCUGCUAUCGAGAGGAACACCAACACGGAGUACAACAGCCUCUGGUCACGAUGUCGCAGCGGAAGAAUACAAAAUGUUUAUUACGCUCGUCUUUGGAGUUUCCAUUUUCGGGGCAUCAACCUUUGCUGUAGCCAUCGGCCAGAUGACAGAUCCAGCAGACAUAUGGAGACCUAAAAAGCCUCCGUUCUCUAUGGAAACGGUCCGAGGUUUCCUGGGAGGUGCCUGGCUAUGUUUCAUUCUUGCGAUUGCUGUUGCUGGCUUCAGCUCGAGUCUACUGACACUCCUCAAAAAUCACGCCAAUGGAGCUGACGUGAAUGGCCAGAAAAGGUGGAAGACUAUUGCAAUUACUACUUCUGUGCUUCUAUGGACAUUACUUGCAGUGGCCUUCCUCUUCUUAUCUUUGGCUAUGGUUCCGUAUGCCUAUAUCCCAGGAUGGAUCGCUGUGGCAUCUGCGAUCCUUUUUGGUAUUGGUAUGGCGUGCUUGUUAUUUUUUCAGAUUCGGGCACACUUUAUAAAUAAUCAAGGUUAG